CGGAGACCGUGCUUUCAUAAUUAGCGAACAGAAAAUGUCCUUUUUGGGAUCGGAUUUUAGUUUUUAGUUAGAUACGUGCAUUUCCGGAAACAUCAAAAUCAAUUUUCAUUGUAUUACUCUCUGGCCGAUAGGUCAGAAAUAUAGGAGAAGGUGCGUGUAUCUGAUAACAUACACAUCAGAUUACGAUGUGGUCCAUAAUCUUUUUAGUAACGUUUUAUAUAACAUCUUCUUAUUGCGACGAACCGACUGCACUGUGGCAUUGGACAUGCAAUUAUGGUAAAUGUAUAAAAAUGAGGACAGACCCGAAAAUUUCUGAUCUAGCUCUCAACUUGGAAGCUUGCAAAAUGAUCUGCACCAAAUUUGGUCUGCUCUGGCCGCGACCGAGGGGUGAAGUGAAACUUGACGAUGUCCUGUCCAAAGUGAGCCUCAAAAGAUUGAGAGUGGUAAAUAUAAAACGAGGUUUCUCCGACAGUUUGAUUAACAAAGCAGUAGACAGAUUCAAGAACCUCAUUCGCCAGUCUAUUCCUGGAAAGGUGCGCCCUAAAGGUACAGGGAGUUCCGUGGUAAUCUACCUAUUUAAUAAUAAUCCUGACACAACUGCGAUAUCGCUCACCAUGAACGAGAGUUACUCCCUGAACGUCCGAGCCACCAGCAAGGAUCACAUAAAUGUGACAGUCACAGGCGACUCCUUCUUCGGCCUGAGGCAUGGGCUAGAGACGCUGUCUCAACUGUUCGUCUAUAACGACAUCAGUGAUCACGUUUUAUUGACCAGAGACGUGACAAUCAAUGAUUCACCGGUGUACCCGUUUCGAGGCCUACUUCUGGACACUGCAAGACACUUUUAUCCUGUCGCAUCUAUUAAAAGAACUAUAGAUGCCAUGGCUGUCGUCAAGAUGAACACUUUUCACUGGCACAUCACCGACAGUCAAAGUUUCCCUUUCGAGUCUACGCGGAGGCCGAACCUGACUAAACUCGGAACAGACAGCCCUGCCAAGACUUACAGCGUGAGCGACAUGAAAGAAAUAGUGCAGUACGCUUUGGAGCGCGGUGUGCGUGUAUUACCUGAGUUCGAUGCACCCGCGCACGUCGGAGAGGGCUGGCAGGACUCCAACCUACUUAUGUGUUUCAAGGCUGAGCCAUGGUAUAAAUACUGCAACGGGCCUCCAUGUGGACAAUUGAACCCAAUAAAAGAAGAACUCUAUCAAUACCUGGAGGAUAUCUAUAUGGACAUGGCAGAUGUGUUCGAUCCCGACAUCUUCCACAUGGGCGGGGACGAAGUCAACGAAGAUUGUUGGAUGACCUCUCCAGAUAUCCAGCAGUUCAUGAUAAAGACACAAUUUAGUUUUCUAAAACUAUGGCAUUUCUUCCAAAAGAAAGCCCAAAAGAUAGCGUACAAGGCUUUUGGAACAGGUACGCAGCUCAUCCUUUGGACCAGCAAACUGACAGAUAGCUCGACCAUUGAAAAAUACUUAAGCAAAAACGAGUACAUAAUUCAAGUAUGGGACGCGAAGGAUAAUCCUCUUAUCAAAACAUUACUGAAAAAAGGUUAUCGUCUGAUUUUAACCAAUUACGACGCGUUGUAUCUGGACUGUGGGUACGGCGCGUGGAUAGGGGGUGGCUUAAACUGGUGUGCGCCGUAUAUCCCCUGGCAGCAGGUUUACGACUUCAGUCCAGCAAAGGUUGCUGGUGAUUAUAAGAAGCUGGUUAUUGGUGCGGAGGCAGCGUUGUGGUCGGAGCAGACGGACGCGGGGAUGCUGGACGGGCGGGUGUGGCCUCGCGUGGCCGCGCUUGCCGAGCGGCUGUGGGCCGAGCCGAGCGGAUGGCGGCAAGCCGAGCGGCGCAUGGAGCAUGUUCGCGAACGCCUCGUGCGCAUGGGCGUCCAGGCGGAGACAUUGAAACCAGAGUGGUGUUACCAGAACGAAGGAUUCUGCCAUUAGACAUUAUAAGUAUUUGCUCAUUUUUAAUAAGAAUAAAUAUAGCGUAUUAAAUGGGAAAUUAAUAAUAAUAAUCGUAUUUUGCUAUAGAGAUAAACGUGCAAUCAAUAGCACAUCAACCUACACAAAUUCAUUGCAAACACGCCGAUAUUUCAUUUCGAGGUUCAUGCAGGGUAACUUGAUGUGCUGUCGACUGUACAUUAUUAAAAAUAAAGCUCUGAUUUGUAAAAGCUAUUAAAAUAAGAUUUAUAGUAGCAGUAAGUAUGAGUAGUAAGUAAGCUCUCUACCUCGUAAAGUUCAACAUCUGCGUUGCCUAAAAUGAGAUUUUAUUCUCUAGAUCAUAAAGUAAAUUAUAUUCUAUGGCCACACUAUUAAGGUUAAUAUCCUUGCACAUUAUAAAUCAAUUGAAGCGAUGGUGUUCCAGUAGUUCAAACGUCUGACUGUGAUCGAAUGUCGAAUCGAGCUGCAGCAAAUUUGUUUCUGUAGCACACAUUGCAUGUUGAGUUAGUUUAUUAUAAAUUAUUACGUUGUUAAUUAGUGUGUAAUAGUUAGCAAAUAAAUAUGUCUAUCUAUCUAUCAUCUAUAUACAACUUUAGUUUCGUUUUGCAAACAAGUGUUCUAUGUAAAAUUUGUUACGGAUGUUAUGAAUAUGAAUAGUCUGAUCUGGAUAAUGGAUACGGAUAUCAAUCACCGAAUUACUGUCUUCAGACGGACUAUUGCAUUUGUUAUUACACCUAGCUAUAUCCCACGGCUUUGCUCCCGUGGGAAUAUUAGAAUAAAAAUACCCUGUAUCUCCCAGGAAUAAUUAGCUUCCGUUUGCAAUUCUUAUCAUAUUAAAUUAUUUCCUUCUAUUUAUAUAUUUUUAUUAUCAUCGUAGGC